AUGGACAAGGCCGGCGAAGCCGCAGCCAAGGAGCCUCGCGCAGGCGCACCGCUCGACGACGCAGAGCCGGCAGCCAUAGAGGCGGACGACGAGGCUGCAGCCAGCAGCAGCAGCAGCAGCAGCGACGACGCCGGCUACGAGUCGGACCUGGCGUCGCGGACGUCGACGUCGGUGUGCAGCAGCGUGCGCGACUACGAGUUUGAGAACAACCGGCGGUACCACCGCUUCCAGGAGGGCCGGUACCAGUUCCCCAACGACGACCUCGAGCAGGAGAGGGAGGACAUGAAGCAUGCCAUGGUGGUGCACCUGUGCGAUGGCAAGCUGCACUAUGCGCCGCUGGACAGUCCGCAGCGGAUAUUGGAUGUUGGGACGGGGACGGGCAUCUGGGCCAUUGAUAUGGGAGACGAGUAUCCUGGCGCAGAAAUCACGGGCAUCGACCUCAGUCCGAUCCAGCCUCAGUGGGUGCCGCCCAACGUCCGCUUCAUGGUGGACGAUGCCGAGGCGGACUGGGUGAUUCCGCCCAACUCGCUCGACUACAUUCAUAUCCGACACAUGACCUCUUCGAUCCGCGACUGGCCGGCGCUGUUGUCGCGGGCUUACAAAGCCCUAAAGCCAGGCGGCUGGAUCGAGCUCCAAGACCUCCAGUUCCAAGUAAAGUGCGACGACGGCACCGUCCGCGCAGACAACAAGCUCCAGGACUUCUUCCAGACCAUGGUCCGCGCCCUCGAAAAGUUCAGCGUCGACCUCCUCGCCAUGCGGCACAACAGGCAAAAGGUCCUCGACGCCGGCUUCGUCGACGUCGCCGAGACGCCCUUCAAGGUGCCCAUCGGCGUGUGGCCGCGGGACCCCAAGAUGAAGAUGAUUGGGCUGUACAACCGGAGCAUGAUGCUCGACGCGCUGUACGGCGUCGCCGUGAGGCCCUUUACGAGGGGUCUUGGGUGGACGCUCGAGGAGGUGGAGGUGUAUCUGGUGGAUGUGAGGAGGGAUCUGAUGGAUGCGAGUCAGCAUGGCUACACGCCGUUUCAUGUGGUCACAGGGCGGAAGCCGGGAUGA